AUCACACUAGUACCAUAGAGAGAGAGAGAAGAGAGGAGGUGAACCAUAGAAGGAGGAGAGGAGACGGGGAAGCUCUCCAUGAGACGAGCGAGUAAACCAAGAGAAAGGGAGAGAAAACUAAAGGGGGAGAUAGGAGAAGACAAAGGAGAAGCUCACGAAAAGGAGAGCAAUGAAAAGAGUCAGAAACAACGCAGAGGAAAAAGAAAGGAGGUGAAGAGGACCGAAGCCAAAGCAAGUAGAGGGUAGGAGGAGGAGGAGGAGGACGAGGACGAGGAGGAGGAGUAGGACGAAGAGGGAAAGAAGAAGAGGAGUAAAGAAGAAGAAAGUGGACAAGAAGAAUAACAAUAGGAGGUGAGAAGAGAGAGACUUUAAGCAGAAGAGGAAGCAGAAAGUCAGAGAGGAGGGGGAGGGGAGGAAGUGAAGAGGAAGGACAAGGGAGGGAAGGAGGAGAUACCGGAGGAGGAAUAGGAGGACAAGAAGAGGAGCAGCAUUGUCAGCAUGGAGGGGGACAUCAGGAAACAGGGGAUGCUCUACCUGCAGCAGCAGAGGUUUGGAAAGAAAUGGAAGCGUGUGUGGUGCGUCCUGUUCAGAGACAGUUCCUGUUCGAUUUCCAGACUGGAGUUCUUUGAAUGUAAAGAUGGAGGAAGUGCAGAGAAGAGUGACAAAAAUCUUCGCAAGCAUCAGGAGCACAAGAAGGUGAUCCGUAUGGCGGACUGUAUACGUGUGUCGGAAGUGGACAUGGACGGAUGUCCUAGAGACACGGGACCCUUCCUGAUCGAGACCACCGAGAAGAUCUACGUGUUCGCUGCGGACCGACUACAGCUGGACGACUGGACACACAAACUGUGUGAGAUCGCCUUCCCUACUAAUUGGACAGAACACGGAGUGAAGAAAGGAAGCCUGCAGAGAGGAAACAGAGUGGACGAAGAUGAAGGAAUGGAGGACAAUUCGUUGUACAGCGGCAGAGAAACAGUGCGUAACUUCAAAGUAUGUGUUCGAAGGACAGAGGCGGCUGAUCGCUGCAGACUGAAAGGUGACGGAUUCCUGCGAGCAGAUGGUGACGCUCUUCACCUGCUGGAUAAGGCUGGAGACAUUGUUUACACCUGGCCAUACAGAUACCUGCGCCGCUUCGGACGAGACAAGUCCACCUUCUCCUUCGAGGCUGGCCGGAGGUGCGACUCCGGUGAGGGCAGUUUUGAGUUCGACACCAAACAGGGGAACAUCCUGUUUCAGGCCGUGGAAGCUGCCAUCAACCUUCAGCGGAUCUCCUGCCCCCAGAGGCAGACCUCUGGGGGAGGCCGGUUGAGUCCAGAGACCACUCAGGACGGGAACCUGCCCCUCCCGCCCCUCAACCCACCCCUGGCCCAGUGCAGGAUGGCACCGCUGCCUCAGCUCCGCGGCCAUAUCCCACAACCCCCUGCUGCUCAGGCUGAUGACGGUGUGUACAGCAUGGUGACUGAAACUCCGAAUCUUCUUAUGAUUCUUCAAAAAGAUAAAGAGAGCUCCACUUCUUCACAACAGCAACACCGCCCCCAGCUGUCUCGUCUAGAGCCUCCAGUUGACAAAACGCUGACGGGUGUUAAGAGUUUGACUCUGGACACUCGCGGCCUCCCUGUCCCUCGUAAGAACCAGGUCAAGAUGAUCUCCAGCUGCCCUCUGCCUCAUGCCGGCCCCGAGCCCGGCCCCAACAUGGCCCAGGGCCCCGGCUCCACCCACAACCCCAGUCCUCGCCUCAGCCCCAAAACGAGCUCCAUCCCCACCCUAGACGAGACGUACUCCCAGAUCAACCUGCCGACCGCCGCAGAGCGAGGCGCCAAGAAGGAGAAGAGAAGCGGCAGCGUGGCUCCCUCCUGCACCCCCCCCGCCAACCGCAGUGAGCCGGACUACUCCCUCCCCUUCGACACCAUCGCCAUGAACGUCAUGUCAGAUAUCCUGAACUCCCAUCAGGCUCCAAGAGCUGAGUCUGGCGCAGACCCGCUCUACGACUGCAUCGACGAGAUGAAGAUCAGAAACAUCUUCCUAAGCGCCACCCCUGCUGCCGGCGAGCUGCAGUACAGGAAGGUGGAACACAUCUACGACGAGCCCGAAGGCUGCGCUGCCGCCCCUACGCAGAAACCUCCCAGCUCCGUGUACGAUGACCCCGAAGAAAUGAGAGGAGAUGCCUGGAGGAUUAUGGGUAUACCUGCUGACCCUAAAGGUCACGAGUACCCGUACAACGCCCGGGUGGACGACUACGCUGUGCCCAAACGAGCCCAGAGGGUGCUUCCUGUUAAACAAAGCACAGAGGAAGAAGAAGAAGAUGAAGAAGAAGAAGAAGAAGAAGAAGAAGAAUACGGGGAGGAGGAGCCACGGGAGGACGACGAACGGAGCAAGGAGCAGCAGGAUUCACCGUACAAAAACAUCAUGGUGAAGAUGGCGUAGAAGAGACAGGAAGCAGCUGUGAGCAUUAACAUGAUUCAGAUAUAAAUAUUUAGGUUUAUUAUUUAAUCCAGCUGGCAGACUGAGCCGAUCACUGAGACUCUGGUUUGUAAAGUCGUGACUCUCUGGCUGAUCUGCCAUCUUUAGUCUCUUUGUAUAAUAUCGCUUUGCACUGGCGUACUCCACUUCUCUGGAGGACAAGCAGUGCCUUCUUCUGUGUUCAAAUUUAGUGUUAAAUAAUUCACAGUUAAAUUGUUUCUGCUCAGUUCGUUUUUUCCCCUGCUGACUAGUGCUCUUUGAAACCUAUUAUUUUCAUUAUCAUUAAAGGACAAUUCCGGCGGAAAACAAACCUAGGGAUUAAUAACAGA